UUUUGACAAAAAGUUCUGUCCGCAAAAAUUGUCCGCAAAUUCUGUCCGCAAAAAUUCUAUCCGCAAAAAUUUUGUCCGCAACUUCUGUCCGCAAAUCUUACUCCUCCCCAAAAUUUUUUUUAAUUCCUCAAAAUUAUUUUUAAGUCAACGCCCAACAGUCCUCAACUCCCAUUCUUUAUAUUUUUCACGAUUUUUGAAUUCUUGUCGUGUUUUAAGAGAAUAAAGAAGUGUUUACUUUAAUCAUUUUUUGUUCGUUUUUAGUCAUCUUUUUUGAAAGGUUUUUUGCCUUAAAAAUAUUUUUUUUAAUUUUUAAAAAAUUUUUUCAGGAAUUUUAAGAAAAAAAUUAAUUUUUUUUAAAUAAAAUGUCAACAAUAACAGAAAUUACUAGAACAACAAAAACUGGAAUUUCUCGAAAUGUUGAUUAUGUUGGUUUUGCCAAUUUUCCAAAUCAAGUGUUCCGACGAUGCAUCAAAAAUGGAUUUGAAUUUACUUUAAUGGUUGUUGGCCAAUCAGGUUUGGGCAAGUCUACUUUCUUGAACACACUUUUUAUGGCCGAGUUGCACAAUUUGAAGAAGGAUAAGCCUAUUGAUAGCAAAUCUACAGUGAAAAUUGAAAGUAAAACAUUUAAACUUGCAGAGAAUGAUGUUCGUUGGGAACCAAUAGUUAAAUAUAUCGAUGACCGUUUUGCCGAUUAUUUGGCAGAAGAAACAAAAAUUGACAGAUCGCCACAAAUUGAAGACAAACGCGUUCAUUUGUGUGUUUAUUUUAUUCCGCCUACUGGACAUGGCCUUAAACAAUUGGAUAUUGCAUUUAUGCAAGCAUUACAAGAACGUGUAAAUAUUAUUCCAGUUAUUGCAAAAGCAGAUACUCUUUUGCCUUCAGAACUUGGACGUUUUAAACAGAAUAUAAUGGAUGAUAUGAGAAAAAACAACAUUUCCCUCUAUAAAUUUCCUGAAAAUAUGGAACAACAACAGCCACCUCCCCAACAACCUCCACACCAACAACAGCCUCUUAUAAACGGAACAACGACCAACGAUUUUUUAACUAAUGGAAAACCUCAUCAAAAUGGCAACAAUAAUUCUGCCUCUUCAGACCUGUCCAAACGACUUCCUUUUGCUAUUGUCGGUUCAACCCACAUUAAAGAAAUUUUGGUUGGAGGGGAACAACGUGCUACUAAACACAGAGUUAGGGUUAGAGAAUACCCUUGGGGAACAGUUGAAGUGGAUAAUUUGGCACACAAUGAUUUUAUGGCUUUGAGGGAUAUGAUAAUCAAAAAUAAUUUGAUUGACUUAAUUGAUGUUGGUAGUUUUUUGAAUUAUAGUGACAUUUGA